AAUAACAUACCGACCUACUGUAUACUAUGUGCAUUACAGCUGAAGCACGGUCAUUUCGACCAAGCUCUUGGUCCGGACGCCCAUAGUGCAAGAACCGUGAUACUGACUUGGCGAUUCUGUCAAUAGUGGACGUCUGUGGGAAACACACGAAGCAGUGCUGUCUUCAACAUUUCAUAACUACCGAAUCGCGGCAACCUUCCUACACAAUUACCGCCCGUUGUCAUCACCAUCAUCUACCUACCAUAGUAGUAGCAGUCUACAGACACUCGACGGCCUGUCACCCGUUCAUGGGAACAGAUGUCUCCCCACACAUCGGAUAGGCAUAAUCAGCGAUAUCAGGAUAGAUGUAUAUAUAAUGCAAGGCACUUGUCAGUCUGCGGUCAUCUCUUCUUGUACUUGAUUUACGGCGAGGGAUUUGCAGCAUUCCUUUAUUUCAGUUUUUUCUUUCCCUUCGCUGGAGUUUUCCAUUCCUCAAUGCAUUUCUGCGCUCUCUUCUUGGCCACCCUCUUCGUCAUGAGCACCGCCGCACCUCUUCAAGGCACCAUUGUGUAUCCUCAGGACGAAAAUAUCAUGCCACAAGGAGAUAUACUUAUUGCUAAUUGGCUCGCCAUUAGGCCGGACGGCGAUCUGGUGCUGAGGGAAGGAGCGAAGCUAAAUGCCGCAUGUGCACAUUCUGUUUGUCUUCAGAUUGAAGAUAGAUCGUAACUGGCGGGGAGAUUUACUGAUGGAUCACUUCUCUUUUAUUUUAUGCUUCAAUCAUGAUACCUUGGCGGGCUCGCCAGAAAUCCCUCUCCAUCCGAAUCACUUCCACGUUUUUAAGUUAUUCAUCCUUCAUUUAUUCACUCCAUUGAGAGACAACCAUGCAUUUAUCCUCAGUGUAACAUACCCAUCUGUCUUUCCGUGCAUAUGAAUCGUAGUAGUUGCAAAUGAUGCUCUCGUUCCCGCCAAGGUUUUGCUGCUCA